GCUGCUUGUUGAUGAGGCUGUUGCUCUGACCUGGUGGAGCCGUACCUGAACCCCAUCUCUCAGCCUCUUAUAAGCGGUGAUCCUGGGGCCACCACGCACGAGCCCGGCUCCCGCUGCGGCCUGGGGACCCUCCUGCAGGAAUCCCACUGAGAGCUCCUAGGGACAGGCUCGCGGUGGGGAGGGGCAAGGACAUGAGCGUGGCAGCCAAGUACCGCCAGGCGUCGCUGUAUGUGGGUGAUCUCCAUGCCGACGUCACCGAGGACUUGCUGUUCAAAAAGUUCAGCGCUGUGGGGCCUGUGCUGUCCAUCCGCAUCUGCAGGGACCUGGCCACCCGCCGCUCUCUGGGCUAUGCCUACGUGAACUUCUUGAAGCUGGCCGAUGCCCAGAGGGCCCUAGACACGAUGAACUUCGACAUGAUAAAAGGCAAACCCGUCCGCCUCAUGUGGUCUCAGCGCGACGCCUACUUAAGGAAAUCGGGCAUCGGGAACGUGUUCAUCAAGAACCUGGACAAAUCUAUCGACAACAAAACCCUUUAUGAACAUUUUUCAGCUUUCGGGAAGAUCCUGUCCUCCAAGGUGAUGAGUGAUGACCAAGGAUCUAGGGGCUAUGCAUUUGUGCACUUUCAGAACCAGAUCGCAGCAGACAGGGCCAUCGAGGAGAUGAAUGGGGCUCUGCUCAAGGACUGCAGGCUGUUUGUUGGCCGAUUCAAGAACCGCAAAGAUCGGGAAGCCGAGCUCCGCAACAAGGCUGAUGAAUUCACCAAUGUUUACAUCAAAAACUUCGGAGAUGACAUGGAUGAUGAGAGGCUGAAGGAAAUUUUCAGUGAAUAUGGUAAAACCCUGAGUGUGAAGGUGAUGACAGAUUCCAGUGGGAAAUCCAAAGGCUUUGGCUUUGUGAGUUUUGAUAGCCACGAGGCUGCCAAAAAGGCCGUUGAAGAAAUGAAUGGAAAGGAUAUAAACGGACAGCUGCUUUUUGUAGGCCGAGCACAAAAGAAAUCAGAGCGACAGGCUGAGUUAAAGCAAAUGUUUGAGCAGCUGAAACAGGAAAGAUUUCGGAGGUGCCAAGGCAUGAAGCUCUAUAUUAAGAACCUCGAUGAGGCCAUUGAUGAUGAAAAACUGUGGAGGGAAUUUUCUUCCUUUGGAUCAAUUAGCAGAGUCAAGAUAAUGCGGGAAGAAGGGCGAAGCAAAGGAUUUGGCUUGAUCUGUUUCUCCUCUCCUGAGGAGGCCACUAAAGCAAUGGCUGAGAUGAAUGGCCGCAUCUUGGGCUCCAAGCCGCUCUACAUUGCCCUGGCCCAGAAGCCCUAGGAGAGAAACGCAUAACCCAGGAAGCCAGUGUUUGCAGCAGCCGUGGGAAUGAGAGUGAUCUCUGCCUGACGUAGCCUCAGAACAUUUCAAAUCCCAGCGAUGGUCGCUUAAUUUAGUAAACUUUGUGAUAAAAGGUUUUGUAUAUAAAGCUAGUUUUCUUUUAUGGAAAAAUAAAUGAAUCUUGGAAGCUUGACUCAUUUUACAGAGGCCCAUCUUCAAAUUACAAUAUUAUAUAUUCUGAUUUUGAUUUAGUAUUCAUAGCAAUAAGUAUGAUUAGAUAUAUUUUUAUUACAUUCUGAACCAUCUGCAGUGAUGUAAUUAUUUGAGUUCAUAUCAUAUUUGCUUUCUUAUUUUCAUAACAUUGCUAGCUUUAAUUUCUUCUAUGAAAAUAUACUAAAAAUAGUUCUUAUACCUAAGAAUCACAAAGUGAUUUAUUUUUACAAACAGAAAUUUUCUAAUUUCUCAUCUGAAUUUUUUAAAAGAAACCAAAGGUUUAAGAAUUGCUAGUAUAAAUGCAGUAUGUAAUUUCAUUCUGAAUGUUUACCGUACUAGGAAAUAGUUGAAUUUCUCUUCAAUAUAUAUACUGAAAUGAUUGUUUUUCUGAUGGCUGAAACUCUAGAUGGAGGUUUUUAAUGUUGCCUACAUAUCUGAUUUAUAGGAUAUUUUGCUAUUCUUUCCAUUGGUAGAGUAUAAUUAAGGGGCUUGCUGGUUAUCAAAAUUGGCACUUAAAUAGUAAAGCUUUAACUUCUACAUUCCUUAAGUUCUAAACUUGUAGCAAUUAAGGUGACAAAAAGUUAGACUUGUCUUAAUUCUUUUAUAUUUGUACAGCUUAGUAUUAUGCCUUAAGUUUUUACCAGACACCAAUAUUAUCAAAGUCAUAUAUGGAGAACAUAGAAAUUCUGUUUAACAGAUAUCUUUCAAUCUAUAUUUUAUAUUGUUCGAUGUAAUGAUAUCUCAGGGUUCAGAAAAGUAUGUUUCUUUGUUUUUAUGAACUCAUGUCUCUUUUUAUUAGACCGUUACUGCUACUGAAUUAUAACAUUCAGUUUUAGCCUCAAUUUAUCAAAAGUUCACUGAUUUUCUGACAAAUUGAGAUUACAUCAAUUUGUCUAUUUUCUAGUAUAAUUUUUAUUUUGGUCCUGUUUCUAGAUCUCUCUUUCUCUCCUACCUUUGAUCUGUAUUACUCAACUUUGUUUUAUACUUUUUUUAAAAGGGUUUUAUUAUAUUGAUUUUUAUUAUGUGCUAUUUGAAACCCACCUUGGAAACUGAGACGAGAGUUAUUUAUUUACAUUUAAAUCAUUACUUUUAAAAUUCUGUUUUACCAAAGGUGUUUGGAGAAUAGGUUUUUUGUUCUUGUUUUUGCUGUUUUGUUUUUCAUUUUUUUUACUCUGCUUAGAGGUUUCCUGUAACCAUAUAUUCAAAUCUUCCACUUUUUAUUUUACCAAUACAAAAGACGUAUUAAAAUAUUUUCUUUGGCAAUACUUUAGCUGUGAAAGAAUAAGAAAAUCUGUUUCUAUUUAUAUUCACAUAAACUAUAUGUUUAUUCCUGGCACAUUUUCUAGGUUAAAAGCCUCCUUUAGACAAUGAAAAAAAAAAUGGAAAAUGAAAAACUUUACAGCAACGUACAAUACCAUUAUGUAGACAAAUCUUCUGUUAAAAUUUGUUGCAUUAUCUUCCCAAAUUUUAUACAAUAUGUAUAGAUAAUUUAACAAUAAUAGGAUCAUAGUAUAACUUUUGUAAAUUAUUUUCUUUAUUUUACAGUAUGCAAUAGUCAGCUUCUGUAUCCACAAAUAAUUAUAUAAUUUUAAGGAGUUUUAUUCCUUCAGUGUUUGCAUCAUAAUAUAAUGAAUUUCCUCCUGAUACACAUGUAUCAAGAUUGUUAGCUUGUUCCCUAUACCCCCUUUUUUUUUCUUCCUUCAUAAACAGCUUGGAGAUAAACAUCCUUGCAAAUUUGUAUAUGCUGAUAUAUCCAAUUAUUUUCUUACAAAAAUAUGUAAUUCAUUGGAAUUAAUGUUUAAAAGUUCAGAAGUUUUUAAAAUAAUUUUGAUGAAUAUUGCCCAUAUGUUCUUCAGAAAAUCUGUGCCAUUUACAUUUCCAUUAUCAGUGUGGAGGACUGUCCAUUUCCAUAUUCUCCCAGAACAAAGGAUUUUGUUUAAAUUGUUAGCUAAUUCAACAGGAAACGUAAAGCAGAAUAUAUCAUGGUUACCUUUUUAAAAUUUUUAUCACUACCAAAGUUAAACAGCAUUUCUUGUAUCUUUUGGCCAUAUGUGUUUUCAUAUUUGUCAACCAAUGUUUCAUGAUUUUAGUCUGUUUUCCUUCUGGGUUGUUUUUUAUUUGUGUGGAUUUAUGACAUUUCUUUACAUAUUAAGAACAAAAUCUUAGACUGCUUUUUCCCAAUAUUUUCACUUUGUUCCUAGUUUUGAGGGUCAUUCGAAAGUUAAAUUUUUAACUCAGAAUUUUCAGUCUUUUACUUCUAGCUUUGAUGUCAUGAUUCAAAACACUUUGAACAACUCAAAUGUAUACACAGACACAGACACACACACACACGCACACAGUCAAUCAAGCAGUCGGUAUUAUCUUCUAUUACUUUCAGAGUUUUAUAUUCUCAAUAAUUUCUAAGGAAAACUAUUGUCUAUGGAGUAUCUUAUCCACAGCCUAUAGUAAAUCCUUUAAAGUUGUCUUGCUUUUCAAUCUUUAUUAAUGUGUUUGGUAAAUACCUACCUUCUAUAAGAAUUUAUAUGACACUCCUAUGCUUACUCUGAUUCACUGGGCCUCUGAAUGGAACAGGACUGGGAAGUAUAGUGGGUGUGUAAAGCCUUGACAUCUCUUUCUGGAUAAUCCAGUCUAUCAAAGUCUUCAAAUAUUUGAACAAUAUUUCUUAAUGCUUGUAAAUGGAUUGCUAAGAUAAUAUCAGGGAACUGAGUGCUAUGUGCACAAGGAAAUAAUAGGACAGAAAAUCAAAUGUCUAGAUGAACUGUAGCUGUAGCUUUGUGACACAAUAUUCUACCAUUUUAGUAGAAUUUGCUUAUUGGUUUAAUAUUUACUAUAAGAAAUGACUAAGUUUACAAAA